AUGGGAGAGUGGGGUUUCCUGUCGUCCCUGCUCAAUAAGGUGCAGUCUCACUCCACCGUGGUGGGGAAGGUGUGGCUCAGCGUUCUCUUCAUCUUCAGGAUCAUGGUCCUGGGAGCCGGAGCCGAGAAGGUCUGGGGCGACGAACAGUCCAAGAUGAUCUGCAACACCAAGCAGCCCGGCUGUAAGAACGUGUGCUACGACCACGCCUUCCCCAUCUCGCACAUCCGCUUCUGGGUGCUGCAGAUCAUCUUCGUGUCGACGCCCACGCUCAUCUACCUGGGCCACGUCAUCCACGUCAUCCACAAGGAGAACAAGCUGCGCGAGUUCAUGCAGAGGAACGCCGGCAGCCCGGUCACCAAGCUGCCCAAGUACUCCGACGACAAGGGCAAGGUGCAGAUCAAGGGGAACCUGCUGGGCAACUACAUGACCUCCAUCGUGUUCCGCAUCGCGCUGGAGAUCGGCUUCAUCGUGGGGCAGUACUACCUGUACGGCUUCGUCAUGGUGCCCAUGGUGGUGUGCUCGCGGGCGCCGUGCCCCUUCACCGUGGAGUGCUACAUGUCCCGCCCCACCGAGAAGACCGUCUUCAUCAUCUUCAUGCUGGUCAUGUCCGUCAUCUCGGUGGUGCUCAACGUGGCCGAGAUCUUCUACCUGGUCUGCUGCCGCCGCCGCCCCCGGGGGCGGUCCGGCGCCGUGCCGGCCAUCGUGCUGCAGCCCCGGCUGAACGGCGAGCGCCUGCUGAGGAACGAGCAGCUGGGCCUGCAGGACGCCAGCUACAGCACCUGA